GACGAAGCGGAGCGGGUGCAGAAGGCCAUGUUCCGCAACAAGGUCCUCGUCCGCGCCGCCGCCUCCGCCUCCGCCUCCGCAUCAUCCUCCUCCCCGCUGCCGCCGUUCCUCCUCCGCCAGCUCUCGCUGUCCGCCGCCGCCGCCGCCGCCGCCCCCAUCUCCGCCCUCGACCUCGAGAUCCUCUGCUGCAGGCUCUCCCGCCGCCACCGCCUCGCGUGCCUCCCCCAGCUCCCCGCCGACGCGCUCCUCGUCUUCCAGGGAUGCCAGUCCCGCGAGGCGGCCGAGGCGGUCUCCGAGGUCGCGGCCACGUUCCCUGGCACCACGGUGGGCGAGGAGGAGGAGCUCGUGUGCUCGGGUGAGCUGGUCGCGAAAGCCGUCGAGUGCGAGCUGCACUCCAUGAUGCUUGAACAUGGAUGGACGUGUCUGGGAGAGAGUAUUUACGUGGACUCCAAGUUUCAUCAGAGUGAUGAGAGGACUGAUCUGCCCGCGCUGAAUGUGGAAGUCCGAUUGGGUAGGAAUGAUGAUUUUGAAUUUGUUGUCUCACCUGAUGCAUUUCGGUACACUAGUCAUAAGAUCUCUGAUGUUGCUAGCCCCAAAAUCAUGGAAAUGUUUCAGCACAGCAAUGAAGUAGUUUUGGACAUCAAUAACUUUCUAACAGUCUGUACAACUCUCCCUGCACUUCAGGAAGGCCAUGUGAUUGGAUAUAGCAAGAUGCUCCCCUCAGAACAGUGCUUGGACAAGUUAAUGGAGCUUUGCUUAUGUAAGCAUGGGUUAGAUACAAACUACAGUUAUCAUGUAGCCGUCAAACUUACAGAUGGAGCUUCAUCGGAAAUGAAAUGGUGGCCUUCUUCGUUAGUUCUCCAAGGUUCAGGGCUUCAACCAGCCUUAAAAUCUGUAAGAGUAUCUAAGGCAAUGUCUGCCUUGCAUUCCUUCGUAGAAUUAUUGAAAGCUUGGAAUUUCUUCGGGCAUAAUAAACUAACAAUUAAGGAACAGGUUCUACUGAACAGCUCUUCAACUCUGCCUACUUGGGAUAAGGCUGCAAGUAACCUGACAAUACACAGUUCAAAAAAUGAUAAUAUCGAGAAUUUUGAUUUAGGUCAUACAAAUGUUAUGUACAAAGGUCAAUCACUUAUUCUAGACUUUCGCACCCCAAAACCUGCUGUCCUUUCUUCGUUGAGGGCAAAAUCGUGGAAUAUUGAAGUGCACAAGAUAGGCCAUUCACCGGGUGAUAAUGACAACCUCAGUGGCGCAAGUCCUAUCAGUGAUGGUUUCCAAUCACAACUGGUUGCUCCAAACAGUUUAUAUAAAUCACAAGUUACUCGGUUGAAGCCUUCAUUCAGCAGAAGAAAACCAUCAGAAAAAAGGAAAUUGGGAUAUUCAUCAGAACAUCCUGAUGCUGAUAAUUCAAACAAAUCAAGUCAUCCUGAUGCUGUAGCAAAUCAUGCUAAUCCUGUUAGUUCAUCAAAUGCGAUUCUUCACAUGCCAGUCAAUCAGGUUUCUGAAAAUCUUGGAAGAAAUCAUGCAGGGUUACUGAAGGCCAGAAGUCAAGGAGGUGGAGGAAUUACGAAAACCCAACAAGAUUAUUUAGAAACAAAGAAUUUGGACACAAGAAGGAAGAGUAAAGGCUACACAUCAACACCAAGUAUCCAAGAAGUGAUGAAAGCAAUACCAGACAUUGAGAAAGAUGUGCUUACCACAAAGGUAAUGAACACAAAAUCGAAUUCGGUUGAUGCCAAGGAUGAGGUAACUGCAGAAGCAAAGAGAAAGGCAAAGCAAGAUCUGGACACGAAUAUGUUGACUGCUGUAACUAAACAGAAAAUAAUGCCAGAAGUUGUCAACAAUGAAUUUGCUAUAAAGGCGAGAAAUAACCAGAAUGAUGACCUUAAGAAAAAGGUUUCAAAGUCGAAGGCAAAAGCAGUUGACAAGGAUCUCUUAAAUUCAACAAGGACAAAAGCAAAGCCAGAUGUUGCCAGUGAAGAGUUGAUAGCAAAGGUGAUGGAUCAUCAUAGGAGGGGUGAGCUGCGUUUACUGACGGUGGCUGAUCUAAAGUGUUUCCUCGGUGCAAAGAAAGCGAAGGUUGGAGGAACAAAGGAAGUGUUAAUACAAAGAGUGACUGAGCUUCUUGCUUGACGGAUGUGUUGCUGUUAACAAGUAACUAAGUAAAAAGUUCCAACCUAAUAUGCAUGUGAACUGUGCCCAGUACUUCUUUUUGCUACUUGCUGCGCUGAAAAUCAGAAGAGGCAUGUGGGCAGUCACCAUAAAACCAGAGAGCUUCUUUUAUAGUCCUUAGGAGAUACACGUUUUAUUCCACUGUGUGAGUCGUUUUAGUUUUGUCCUAAGUCAACUUCUCUAAGUUUGACCAAAUUCAUAGUAAAAUAUAUUAACAUACAAAAUACUCCCUCUAUCCCAAAAUAUAAGGCGUGUUCAAAUAUAUUGUUAGAUGUAUAUGUACACUUUGUAGUUUCCCCAUUGUAUAAGGGGUUUUGUGCAUAUUUCCUAA